AUGCUGCGUAGUGCUGUAAGCCGCACCACGCUCAAGGCCGUCGGCCAGAGCGGCCUCGGCGGCAACUCGGGCCACGUCGACGGCAUGCAUCCCAAUCUCGGCCUGCACAACGCCGCCGCCACGGGCAACAUCGGCCUCGUCAAGUUCGCCCUCGAAAAUGGCCAGCCAGCCAACAGCAACCUCAACGGUAUCCUCCCCCUCCAUGCCGCCUGCUCCGGCGGAAGCGAGCAGAGCGUCCGCAUGCUCAUCUUCCACGGCGCAGACGUCAACGCGCCUCGCCUCAAGUCAAAGGGAUCUACCGGCCCGGGCGCAGAGGCAUCCACCCCACUUCACUUUGCUGCUGCCAACGGCCACCUCGACAUCGUCCGCAUCCUCCUCGAAGCAGGCGCACGUCCCGCCGCCGUAGACAAGGACGGCCUCGUCCCAGAGGCACUCGCUCUCGGCAACGGCCACACAGAGUGCGCCAACCUCAUCCGCUCCUGGAUCUCCGCCUACGGUUCCAACGGCCUCGCAGGCAUGGUCGAAUCGCGAGAGACCGUCAGCGGCGACGUCGCCCUCGGCCCCGCCGCCUAUAUCCGCUACGCCGCCUCCGGCAGGAGCAACUCGCCACUCUCGCCCACCGCCGCCUCCCAAUCCAACGGCUCAGCACCAGCAGGCAUCACUUCCUUUUCCGUUCCCAGCACCCCUCAGGCCCACAUCGGACUCAACACACAAGCCUCUUCCGACACUCUUGCUACCAACAAUGGCUCCAGGCUGGCUGGCUCACGCUCAGCCACGCCUUCCAAGAACGGCCUGCUCGCAAAGACAAGCUCGAAUCCCAACCUCCGCAGCCAAACCACCACCGCAGCCGCUACGCCACCUCUGCCCGUCGCUUCGCCCUCCGCCCUGUCCGCUUCCGUUUCUCAGGCAGCGCCGAGGAGCGCCUCUCACACUGCAUCUACAUCCGGCUUCACGCUCGAGAACAGGGAUUCGAACGGCCAGCUACCAUCGACCGCCACCACCACCAGAUCGUCGUCCUCCAACAGUACUUCGGCAGCAGGAACCAGCGCCACCAGCGCCAACAUCGGCGCUUCCGCAUCUGGCAGCGUACGCGAGUCCAAACGUCGACCAUCCUUACCCUCCAUCUUGGAAAAGGCCGCGCAUCCGGCGGCUUCGCUCCGGGCCGCCCUUGCCAGCGGCUCAUCAUCACACAUGGGUGGCAGUCUGUCGCAGGCAACCUCCAGCAGAUACAUUGAUCACUCAUACGAUGCCAGCACAACCAGUCCGGGCAAGAAGCACUCCAAGCUCGCCGGCAAACGCAGCCUCUCCAACAUGCUCAGGAAAGCCACUGGCGGAUCGCAUUCCGGCAGCCAGUCCACCACGCUGUCUCCGUCUAUGCCCGCUUCUUCGAGCUCCUUCCUGGCCGACACCUCCGCAGCGAGCAGCAUGGGCGGUGGUCUCCCCAUCAAUCUCGAUGCGCUCUCCAAGCCCGGACGCGCAUCUGGCAAGUCCUUCGACUAUCCACGCCCUGCCGCAUCCUCCCUGCAGCGAGGCGCCCGCCGCCAUGGCGCCAGUGAGAGCUCGAGCGAGGACGCAGAUGCAAUCCUCGCCGCCGCAGGCCAACCACCUCUGCCUCCGCUCGACCAGCAGCGUCGCCUUCGAUCCACUUCUUCUUCGUCGUCGCUCUCGGCCGCUCGCGAUCCCCUGUCCGUGGGCAACAAGAUUCGACGAGCGCGUGCCGGCUCAAACGACCAGAUCACAAGCAACUCGGCUCGCAUGGCACGGCUUCCCUUGAGAGGAAAUGCAUCCCUCGAUCUUCUGCGUCCGGGCAGCUAUGGUCCAGCCGACAGCCAAGACCUCGGCUCAUCUGUUUCCACCGAGGCCGCACGCAUCGAGCGCCAGCGAGCAGGUUCGACCGGCAGCCGCGCGACUGCUAACCGGGACCGAUCCGUCAGUGGAGCCAGCACACGCAGCGCCGACACGACCGAUCACGAACGCAGCCAAGCCAGCUCCGCCGCCAACCACACCGCUGACGACGAUGAUCUGCAAGAGUUCCUCCACCACGCAGACUCAGAGCCGGGAGACUCGACGCUCGACGCAGAGGACCGUUCGCACGCACACCAACUUCCGGCAGCCCUGCGCAACACGACGGCUCCCAAGCAGAUUGAUCCAAGAGACACGGCGCUGUUGGCCAGGACCAAUGCCGCGCUGGGUCCCUCGGGCGCAUACAAUCUGAACACACGGGACCGAUCCGGAAGCCACGUAUCUACGCUAAGCUCCGGCUCGCAUUCCGGCAGCAGCGCCAUCGGAGUCGGGGUCGCAUCCAGCGAGUCGCAUUCGAGGGACUCGCCCAGUCUGUCGGCGAGCUAUCAAGCACUGUCGAUUGCCGAAGAGAACGGAGUGGCAGCUUCUGCGGCACAAAGCCGACCUGCUCGAGCUCCGUCGGUCGCAGACAGCCUGACGAGCCACGCGUCCUCGUCGUCGCUGCGAUCCAACUAUCUCAGUGCAGCUGAGCAGGCGCACGCCAUCUUGAACCACGACGCGCCUUUCGCUUCCGACGGGCCUGGUGGAACGAGCGCCUCGCUCGCCGCCCAGCUGGCGGCCUACGGAGAAGCACUGGCUCUUGAGAGAAAGCGAGCUGGCGAUACGCGCUCGGGGCCUUCGCCGAGUUUGAGUACUCGCGGCAGCAACGCAGCGCUGCGUUCCAAGCUGCCGAGCGUGAGCGAGGAUCACUCGCCUUCGCGGUCGGCGAGCCACAGCGCGCACAGCUUCUCGGCCGGCGAAUCGCGCACGCCCAACUACCCGGCCACUGCAGCGCAGUCGUACAACCGACGCGUUUCGCGCAGGCCGCACAGCAGCGAAGGUCGUCAGACCCAGGAUGCCGGGCAGCGUAGCCUUGCAGGAUUGACCCAAUCCUCGUCGGAUCGGGCGAAGCUGACCGAGCGGUCUGCCGAGCGCAGUGUCGAGCGCAGUGCCGGAACAGCAAGUCGAGGCCAGGAUGGCGACGCUACGCAAAAGAGCGGAUGGCUCGAGCCGCACGGCCUCGGUGGGGAGAGGCAGCCGAUCGUCUCGCCAAAGCUUUCGGCUGCUAGUGGGCUCGGCUCGCCAAUGCACCUGCAGUCCACGCAGGGCUGGGUGCGGGACGAUGCUGCUGGCGACGCAUCAGAAUCGUCGACCGCAACGAGGCCCGCUUCAAGCACAACCCAAGAUGUGCGCGACUCUGCGCCCGCUGUGCCGCCCAAGGACCAGCGACGACGUCGGCACGGGCCCGACACGCUGCACGGUGGAGUGGGAGCGCUCGCGCUGGCUGCAGCAGCCAAGCCGACGCCGGUGGUGGACAUGGACGACGGCGACGAAGACGACCCCAAGACGCCCGUGCUCGGAGGCAGCCGCACCAUGCUCGACAAGUUUGCCACGUCGCCGCGCAGCCUGCAUCGGCACAGCCCGUCGAUGCCAACGGAGCUGAGCUCGUACACGGCUGCGCGCAGGGAGCGCUCUCCUGCGGUGGGGCUGAGCGACAGCGCCGGAAGCAGCACGGCGAGCUCGACGCCGCCCGUGCCGCCUCCGCGCAAAGAGUCGAUCAACAUGGGUGAGCUGGGCGAGCUGGCCGAACUCGGCUCCCUUGGGCUUGAAGAGCGUGUUACGUCGGACAGGCGCAUGCUGACACCGGAUUCUGCCACCUGGUCAUCCUGGCGCGGUGGCAGCGUCGGCGGCGGCGGCGAAGGGCAAGAGGAGUUUGGCCGCGACAAGGCUGGCAGUCGGUGGGAAGGGCUGCGACGGCCGAGUCUCAAUAUGCUGCGCAGUGCCACUUCGUCGUCGACGCACUCGCAGACGCCGAGUCAGGCGUCGGGCGGCGCGUCGGACUCGUACGGCCACAGCCGGUGGUCGACCGACGAAACGGCGGGACGAGUGGACGUGGCUGGCGGCGGUGCAGCAUCGCAGCCCGCCUCUGGCGGAAAGCGCGGUCUUGUGCGCAACCUCAUCAACAAGGCCAAAGGCACCGCAUCGUAG